CUACAACAGAAUUUGACAUGGCGGCCACGCGGAUAACAAAAUUUCAUCUUGCGUUCACUGUAAAUUCUCGCGUAUUUGGUGAGUGACAAUAAUAUUUGCCUAUUUUUGCUAUCGGUUGAAAAUCUAACAUUCUGAUAGUUUGUAAAUGGCAGCUCCAUAAGACGACAUUUUCAAGAUGGACAGCAGCUCUGAAAAACCAUGUUUGCGCUUCCUUUUUUCAUACCAACUCGCGGUCCUUCAGCAGAGUGGCCGGAUUAGAGGAGAUUUCUAACGAAGGUAACAAGGUCAUUUUAUACCUGGCCACCUCAUUUACGUUUGUCGGAACAUUUUCAAGAACUAGGUAUAACACAAUAGGCACUUUUGUUAUUCAAUGAUAUGCAAAGAAGUGACCGGGCAUUCUGAAAUUUAGCCAAGUAAAAAAAUAUAUAUAUAAUUCUUUGGGGAUCAAGCUUCAUUUUUCGCGAAAUUCUUCAGCUAGUAAACAUAUAAAGUCAACUCCCAUUAUAGCAGACGACCUUGGGACUGCGGUUUUAUGUCCGUAAUAGCGAGAGUCCCUAAUAGCAGGGUGAGAGAAAAUAAAAAGUUCUGUUAUCAAACAAUAAUAUUAUAAAUAACAUUUGCUAUGUUCAUAAGGUUUAAAUGUGCUCCUUAUGUGAAUAACGUAACAACACAAUUAAUCAAUGAAGUUCUUUGAUUUUUGCGUUAAACAACAAAAUGUAAAGGAAUGAACUGAAUAUGUAACAGUAAACAAUUUCUCAUCAGAAACGUGUCUGACACCACAUUUAGACAUGUGUUGUGCUUUUGAAAAUGGCACAACCACAGAGGACUGGCAAUAAUAGUGCUGCGUGCAGUUACUAUUUAUAGACCUGAAACUCUGACAAACUAACUGAAAUUAACAUUAGCGAAUUCCUCACUUUUGUCUGACUUUUGUCAUUUAAAUGUCAUGUUGGUCUGUCCUCUGUCAUUGGAAUUAGAAAAAUGACAAAACUCAGACAAAAAUUGCAAAUUAGUCACUCUGAUGUCAUCCACGUCCUACGCUAUUGGCGGGAAAAGGAUUAACAGAGGUGGCGGCCUGGGCCUUGAGAUUCCAGUUAUUUAUUAGUUAUUUGGCAACCCAAAAUAUCUUGCGAGACUUCUCAACAGUGCCGAAACUGUUAAGCGGUUGUUGAGAAUAGAACACGUGGGCGUGAGCUCUCCUAAAGAGGUGGGGGAAAAAAGCACAAGCUCAAGUGAAGAAGUCAUUUCCAGUCAAACCUCUGUAGCUUUUGCUGGGGAUCUGAAUUUUGUGCGUAAUAGCGAGCGUCCACAAGGCGGGAGUUGACUGUCAAUUAUUCUUAAUGGGUAGACUUACAUUCUUCAGGGGUAACCCAUAUUCUUCAGGGGGAAGACCCAUAUUUUAUGAAAGUCUUCAGGGGUGAAAGCGAUUUUAUGAAAUCUUCAGGGGUAAAAGGGAAAGGUUAAUCCUUAACUUGGGUGUACUGAUAUUAAAUGGAAUAGACUCAUGGGUAGAAACAGUCAAAUCUCCUCGUUCCUCGCUGCUAGGGACGUGUGCCUUGACAACAGAAAUGUUAAAAUGAUGAUGUAAAUGAAUGGGUGUGUUCAAGUUUAUGUUUCUCCUGGUCCAGGGCUCGAAAUUCUUUAGGUUGCCUUUUUGUGACCAGUUGGAGGAAUCUAGUCACCGUGCAGAUGUAAAUUUUCAGUUACCAUUUUCUUCAAUGAAAAGAAUAUUUGGGGUUGGUUGAAAAUGUUUAAAAUUGUUUAAUACAUAAAUUGGCCUAGUUGAAACAAAUGAAUGUCAUUGAAAUUUAGUGUAUGAAGUUCCUUUAAAAUGGGGUUUGGAUGAGAUCAAUAGUUUAUGCCUGUUAAUUUUAUUGAUUUUAUAUUUUUAUUCAUUCUUAUGUAGAAAAACUGAAGAACCUAAGUCAGAGAGGUCUCAGAUUUUCAGGAGACAAGUCCAAGACGAUUGGACAGCCAACCCCAGAUUCACAUCCACACUUAAUGGAAGAGGAUGAAAGUAAGUAUUACCGGCAAACUGUGCAAAGAAUAAAUUGUUGCAAUGUAAAAGUUGCCAAAAACAAAUAUUCAAUCUCAACAAUCUCUGUCAGUGAGUGCAUGCAACAGCAUUUUGAAUGGAAUGAGAAUUUGUUCACAUGUAAUAUAACUAGGCACACUUGAGCAAUGAAAAAAUAACCUCUAAAUGUAAAUAUGCAGCUAAGGAGCUCAGAGCUGCAUUUUUGUACUAUAUAAAGCAGAAACUCAUAAGGGGUUGAAACGUGUAACUCUCAUAUGUUUGCUUUGUCCGAUGCUCGUGAUUAUUCAUUUUCAAAAGUACCAUAUUUGGAACGAGAAGAAGAGAUAACUGUCCAAUCAAACUUCAUAAACAACGUGAUGUAAUUCCAGCGCCCGCUUGAAAAAAAUGGCCGACAAACGGGGGGGAAAACUCCUGAAAGCCGAGAAAGCUUUCAAAGGUUGAAACCAGGAAUCUAACUCAUUUAGACACUGAGCAGGAUAUUAUUGCCUUACCACCCGGGCUAAACAUAACAUUAUGAAACCCAUUGACGUCCUUGCAACUUCUUGAAGUUGUCUCUUCAAAAAACGAUGCCUCAUUGACCCUCUGCACAGUAAACUUAUACUGCAAAUAGGCUUUUAAAAUUCUUAUAUUAAAAGUCUAGAAUAAACAGUAAAAAAUAUUUCCAAAUAAAAUUGAUUAGCUGCAUAUUGAAAAGUGUCCAAAACCUGAAUCUGACAUCUUCGCAAAAAGUGAUGAGUGUAAUGAAUGUGAGCUUAAAUUCAGCUUGGAUGUUGUAGUCACGAUCGUGUUUUGAGCUAAUUUUAUGAACAAACUCAAAACAAUAGAAAAACCGUUUCUUGAAAAUUUUUAUUCAAAAUCCAAAAAGUUAAUCCUUUAAAGCAAUUCGGAAAACACUAUCUGGAUCGUGGAUCCGUUCAUGCAAGUGAAAUCAGCUGAACACAUGGCAAAAUUAAACACAAAAUCCAUCUCAAAUUGGAGCACAUUUUGUAAUUUUUCUUUAGCACCAAAGAGAAAAAUUUAUAAAACGUCUAUGAAACAUUUAAAAAUACAUAAAUUCCCUUUCAAAAACGUAAUUGUCUUGGCCAUAGAGUGCAAAAUGUACCUGAAAAUUCAGCAAAAACUUCACUGCCUUGGUUGCAUUUCAAAACAGACCAUGCGCUCCGUCGAGAAGAAAACAAGUUUGAAUUCCUCGAAGGACGAUUUCUUGAUGAAAAGCUUCCCUUUCUCCACAAAAAGAAAGCUGAGCAUUCUUUUGAACUUUUUCUUUCCAUUUUUUGUCUUUUAACAGUGUAUUUUUAACCUUGAAAUGCAGAACUCUUGUCUUAAAACAUCUGCAUGGUGAUCGCGCAGCAGCCAUUUUGUUGAAACUGGAUAUCUGUCACUAAGGUUUACAAAUAUGGUAAAAGUGAAUAUUCACGAGCAUUGAACGCGAGUUACACGUUUCAACCCCUUAUGGGUUUCUGUAUAAACCCAAUAGACCUUGUUACUGAUAUGGCAGCCAUAUUGAAUUACUUCAAUAAUCAGGAUUAUUAUGGGAUGCCCAGGGGGCAUGAGCACCAUCUGUUAUACUUGCUUAGUAUUAGAAAUAUUAAGAGAAAAUGUCCCUGAAGGCAUGUGUUAAUGCUGACAAAUAUACUGGAAUGUGCUCAUGCCCCCUGUGCAUCCCAUAAUGCUCCUUAAUUCUAACCAAUUCAAUAUGGCCACCGAAUCGGUAAAAAGUUCUAUUACAUUUUGAUAUUUUGCUUGGGGUACUCCAGGGUUUGAGCCAGGCCGCGCCAUUGCGCCAAUCCUGCACUACAAAAAAAACGGCCAAGGGGACAAUUUGUCCCCUUCAAAAUUUAGGGGAAAAACUCGAAAGGAAGCACACACGAAGAGAUUUAUUUCAGUACAGAAAUUGCAAGCUGAAACAGAACAUGGAAAGUAUAUUUUAUCGCACCUUUAAAGUUCAUUCCAAAGUUACGUUUCAGUCACACUGUACUGCUAUUUUUGUCGGAAAUCUAAGACAGGGCUUCUGAUUCUUCGCGCGGUCGCGGAGCCGCGAAAUUCACAAAAACACGAAAAAUACCGCGAAAUGCGGUAGGAAUCUUAUCAAAUACAUGUCUGUAAAACACAUUUGAAACUUAUUUCAGCUAUAGGGGCUAUUUACUUGCCGUAAACUAGAAAUUUAUCUUGGAACUUCGUCACUGAAACGUGCAAACAGAUUAUGUUGCGAACAACUGGGCACUAGCCAUGAUGUUAAAGGCUUUGCCAUUGGUUCAUUUCUGGAGCGUAUUGUUGUUGAAAGAGCAAAUGAUGAGCUCUGUUAGAAAAACGUUAAAAAGGCUGGUCUGAUCAGCGCAAAACUGAUCGAUUUCUAGCGAAAUUUGCCUUGAAAAUAACCACAAAAUCGGCCGUUUUUUACCGAUUGCUUUUCGGUGAAGUUUGCCCCAAAAACUCCUGCGCAAUCAGCCGAUUUUUCCGCAAAUUUGUCCCUAAAAAUCCCGCGAAAUUUGACUUUUUCUUCCGAGACCUAUCAGAAGCCCUGCUAAGAAGACAAACCCCUUUGCAUCAGCAGAAGGGUGUACAAAUUUCUGUCCCCCUGAAAAUGAAAAUGUCCCCCAAAAAUUUAGCCAAGGGAACAAAUUGUCCCCCAGUGAUCAAAUCCUAGCUCAAACCCUGGUACUCCAUAAGAAUUUAUGGUAAAUAAUUGUAACAGCCCUGAUGUGGCACUAAUUCAAGGAAUUCAGUAUAACUAAAAUAACACCACGAAGCAAGUCUAACAGAGCACUGGAAAAUUGUUUUCAUUAAAAAACAAUGUUCUCAGUCAGUUCAAAGUGAUUAUAUUUUGAUCACCGCUUGCCCAUUUAGUUCUCUCUCCAAAAUUCUUGUAAGAUGUAGUUAGUGGUUACCAUUAUUUUAAAAAAGUUUCUGUUUUUUACUGUAAAAUUGUUGUACAGAUAGAAAAUAUACCGUUAAAAUUAUAAGAAAAAUAUCUUUGUUGUGUCCAGUUUUUUCAAAUAAACACCGCCCUUAGCUAAUAAGCACUGCAUUUGAGGCACGGAAAAUUUACUUAAAUAUUAAGAACGGUGGCCCUUAUUAAGUAUUAACAUGUGCCACAGUGCUUUAUAUUCGAAUCAAUAUGGUAGCAAAAAUAAAAUUACUAAUCUGGUACUGUAAUCAAACUACCAGAAAAAGCCAAAAUUUGAAUUCUUGUGACCCCCCCCCAAUCUUGAAAAUCAUUGACAUGUUGCUAUAAUUUACCAUAAAACUGGAGUAGAAAAAAAUUGAAACCUGUUCUUUAACUGGUGGUGGCUGUUUGCCACAGAUGUGUUUGCAAAUUGAGAUGAAGCUGUGUAAAGUUACUACAUCAUUAAUGAUUAAUAAAAAAUUCAAAACUAAUGCUGUUGUCUGGGUUCAAGGAACCACAUGGAAGACACCCAAGUAAAUUGUAUACAAUCCAGUGUAAACAAAAAUUAAUUGUAGCAAUUUCUGUCCAUUUUUUGUUUAUGGUUUGACAUUUUAAGACUGUAUUUUAAAAAUGUACUCAGUUUUUGGUAAGUGAGAAAUAAUAUAUAAAAUAAUUGUAAAAAGUAGAACGGUAGGACUGGAAAUAUUUAGUCAUGUAUUUGGUUGAGACUGACUUUUUUUUUAUGACAAUAUUAUUUCAGCUGAAGAUUCAUUAAAAGAAAAUAAAAAAAAUUGAGUGCACAAUAAUAUUUGAAUUUUAAACUGUGUUUAAAAUUGUAACUGAUAGUGGUGUCAUUCAGUUUUUUCUUUGGUUUGAAAUUUUCGUUUGUCUUAGAGCCAUUACCAUUUUUUCAAAAUAUAAUACAAAAUUUAUUUGGCUUUAAACUGGGAACCACAUGACAAAUUAACAUUAAUUUAAGAAAUGUGGCUGGUAAUUCCAUCAUGCGAUAGACUAAAUGUGUGUCAACCAGUAAGGUCUUUUAAAUCAUUUCAAAAAAUCUCUUUACAAUUUAUUGGACAAUUUUUCCUCAAGAUGGGUUUUAUUACUAAGUGUCUACUGAUUGAAGCUCAAAAUCGUUGACUUUAAUUUUUCUUUGAUUUGCUACAUUUAUAAUAUAAAUGUUCUUUGUAUAGCAAAAUUAACAGCUGAUGGCGUAACUAGUGCAGGUUGUUACCUGGUGUCACAUGUACUUGUUGUUUGAUUGAAUAUGAAGGAACAAAAGAACAGUGAAUUAUGGGAAGUGUUUUUGUGUGCUAUAGCACAUGGACUUAAAUGAAAUGUUUCUGGCUGUUAGGAAGUCUACACCCAUCCCUCUCAUUUAAUUUCAUUAUCUUGUGCUAGAACUUUAAUUAACAUAUACCCUGGUAGAUUAUCACUUUGACUUCCUCUCUGACUGAUCAGUUGUGAUAGAGAAGGCAGUGUUUAAGAGAUUUAUCAGACAACUGUUUUUCUUGAUUGUGUCAAGAAUCAAGCCACUUCUGCUGACUGCCCUGCCAUAGUUUUGAUAUUCUGUCUGCAAUGGGUAAUUUUACCAUUCGAAAAGUGACAGAUCUGGUGAUCCUGGCAUGCAUUUUAGUUGCCACAUUUGCAACAUUAUUUACACACUUCCAUGGGCUUAGGGUGCCAUUUUUCAAGCAAGCAACUGAAAAACUGAUUUAUCUGGGAGAACCAUUAAAUUUGGAAGGAGUUUCUUAUGACACCUCCAAUGAAGAUGCAAUGAUGAUGGAGCUACUAAGACCUUCACCCCCUGAUGAGUAUCCAACUCCAAGACGUAUCAGGAGGGGGACAUCAGAUGACACCUCUGGUACCCUGUUUUUUAUGUGUAAUGCCAUAGUUUGCAUAUCUUAGGCCUCGUCCUCACAUAUCCAGAUAUUUAUGAAAACAAAGAUUUUUUCUUCACUGUCAUAAAAGCAUACAUCUUAGUACAUGUAGUGUAUUUGAAUCUUUUUGGCCCAUCCAUGGGAAAAUGCCCAAACAAUGGAAAUAUGAUGGCGUCCAUUAAAGAGCCUGUGCUGUAUGAUACAUGCAGAGAUCGUUUUUAAUCUGUCCAUAAGAAAAUGAAAAACUUAAUAUUUUGCUGAGCAGACUCUAAAUAAGACUAAAUAGAUAGUACCAUGUGAACGUAAGGCUGAAGAGAUUUCAUUUGAAUGGUAACGUCAUCGAAUUUUGUCCACAGACUCAAAAGUUACAACUCAUACUAAUAAUUUAUUAUUAAUAGUAACUUGUACUGAACCCAGUUGUUGAUAAAGUAGCUAAUGCUAUCCACUGGAUAAAUCCCUGUCCACUGGAUAAUGCAGCAUUAGUUUCUCUAAUAUUUAUCUGUUGAAUAGUUACCUUAAUCUCACUUAAUUUCGUGAACAUAUUAAAUUUCGCGAUUUAGGAUUGCGAAACUUAAUACUCGCAAAAGCUAAAAAUCCCUCAAAAUUCCCUCAAAAUCCCAAAAAAUAGCAAAUAUAGCUAAUGGUUUUUUUUUUUGCAAAAUUUAAUACUCAGGAAAUUAAGUGAGAAUAAGGUAUUUAUCUGGUGGAUAGCUGAUGAACAGGUUUCAUUUGAAUGGUCACUCCUCAUGAUUUCAUUUGCAGACUUGAAAGAACAUUGGAUGUCUUCAUAAUAUUAAUGUGUUUGGAGCUGAAAGGGUUAGGGUUGAACUCUUGAAAAGUGAGAGGGAGCAGGUGGAGUUAUCUUUACGUUAUUAAACUUCUUUCUUCCAGUUACUCCUGGCAUUUCCAAGAAGGAAUACAGAGACAGAAGACAUAGACUCCUCAGGUAAGCCAUCUUGGGUACCAGUAAUACAAAUUUUAACCACCUUUUCUUAUGUAAACUGGUCUUGAUUUAGUAUUUGACAGUCAAGCCAGGUCAAGCAUACCGCCCCCCCAAGAUGCCAUUAAUGAAUUUGUUAUUCAAAAGUUGAAUUCGUUGGUAGUUGCAGAUUUCAGAUUCAUGUCUGCAUUCUUGCAUGCAUAGUAACUCAGCCAUGAGUUCACACUCGAGGCAGUUAUGAAAUUUCUGCCAGCUCAGUUUCCCUGAAUUUGAUGUAAAUGUCUUCUAAGAAACUUAAUCCAUUCAAAGAUUUUCAAUCUGACUAAUUACAGAGAAGUUCUUGUAAACUAUUCACUGCUUAUUACAUAUGCAUGAAUGCCGAUUUAAAUUUGCCACUAGUUACGGGAACAACUAACGGAUUCAUUUUUCAAAUAAUCAAUUAAUUAAUAGAAUCUUGGUUGGUACGCUUCACCUCCCUUGACUUUAAGACUAGAUGUACAUUUGUAUGUGUGCAUGUCUGGAAAUGUGUUAGCCUGCAAAGCAGGCAUAUUUUGCGGUGCGAACGGUGAUACUUUUUUGGGGGGGAUGAAUGCUCUCCACCAUCUUGCAUGUUGAAACUAACAGAGAGUUGGGGAAAAUCAAAAACUGAUUUCAAGGGAGAGGUUGGGGGAUUUAAAAUAUAGAAAGGUGAGGGAGAGAGUAGGAAAACAUACUCCCUCCUUCCCACCCCUCCCCCUUUUCCACCCCUCCUCCCUUAAUUUACUUUUUCGUUCCAAUCUUACUACCUCUGAAUCUCUAUUAGAAAAUAACGCCUGCUCCAUGUGCUAGAUACCUGUAGUUGCCAUGCCAGCCAAUCUCAUUUCUUAGACUCAGAGGAGUACGUUGUCAGGUUUCUGAGCCCAAUUUUGGGUUUAAGCUUAGCAUAUUAUAGACAUUGCUUUAACUUUGAGAUGGAAUACUGCCUAUAAAAGUAAUUAUUGCAUCCCCCAAAUGAGGUUGAUCUGAAGUGAUAUAUGUAAGGUAGCAUAAAUGGUAGACCAAACACCAUUAUAAACACCAAGUAGUGUGAUGUGUAUAACCAGUUUCAAGUCUCUAAACUAGCACUAGUUUUAACAAAAUUAAGCACUCAAUUGCUGUUUCUUUAAGCAACCAUACACUUUCAUGAACAGGGGCAGGGUAGGUUGAAGCUUGUGAAGAUAGAUCUUCUCUCUAAUUAAUGAGAAAAUCAUUAUUUUCAGUUGUAUUGCUAAAUGAUUUUAUACUUCUAGAAUUUUGUUUUACUUUUUUUGUGUCUUGCAGUUUGCUUGCCAAGACACAUUUUGGAGAAACCCAUGAUAAACACGUAGUGAUCAUUCCAAGUAAUCCAAGAUUGUACAUGACAACAGAUGUGCCGUAAGUCAGAAAUGAAACUAAACCAUUCAACACCUGAACUAUCUGUAAUUGCCUGGGCUUAGUUUUAACAGUCAUAGACAACUUUGACACUUAAGUGCAGGGAGAAAAGAUCUUUGAACUUUGCCCAAAUGAGCAAGAUUCAGUCAAGCAGGGUGUAGAAAAUUAUGCAAAAAAACCUGUUAAGUGACCAAAAAUUCCAGUGAAAAUCUUGUCUCACUGCCCAGCGCUAAUUCCUUUCAGAUAAUUUCAUGAUCCUCUCGAUUUUCACAGAAAAGAGGCAAGAGGGAGAGGGAUUGAAAGUUUAAGUUGAGGGGGCUGUGUUACUUUAAAGCCAAAAUCAUCUAGAAAUUUUGCCUUGUGUGUGUUACAGGUCAAAUUUGAUUUCAGGUUAAAUUUUUUUUAACCCUUUAAGCCCCAGUGGUGACCAAUAUCAAUUUUCUCCCAACGUAUCCAUACCUUGUCAAGAGAUAAGGCUAUGAGAAUUAAUGAAAUGAUCACUUAAGAGAAAAUGCUUUGAUCUUUUAUCAAAUUCUCUCAACUACCUCUUUAAGGAAAUGUAUAGAGAUCAGUUUGGAGAAUUUGUAUGUAGUUAUUGGGACUUAAAGGGUUAACCUCGGUUGACUCACAAUUUCCUUUCUCUUCUAUGGCUAGGAGACAAAGGAAAUUGAGAAUCAACCUAGGUUAAAUCAAAAUUAACCUGAAAUCAAAUUUGACCUGUAGCAUAUGCAUUCCAAAGAUCAGAAGCUGUAACUUAGCAUCAGGAACAGAAUGCAGAAUAUAAUGCUCGACUUCUGAACAGUUUUGGUUGUUUCUGGCCAGAUAGUGACUAGAAAAUGGCUCAUAACCAGCUUCAAAUAGCACUUUUAGCAAAAUUUCUUGGCCAAAUGGGUUAAUGAUGGAUUUCCAUGUUCAAGGGAAUAAUGUUAUUUUUGGUUGGUAGAGUGAUUUUGCAUAAGCUGAUUUUUAUAUGCUAAAUUAUAAGUUUUAAGGAACAAUAAAGAAGAGAGCAAAGUGAGAGUAUUGUUAAUUGUAUUGCCAAACUGCAAGUGUGAUAAAAGAAUGAUAUUUAAGAUACAAAAUCUUCACUUUUACUCAUCAUAAUCAGAAAGGUCUCAUCUAGUUAUUUUUUUGGCAUUUUUAGGUACCCUUUCCGACAAAACACAGAUUUUCUAUACUUAACAGGAUUCCAAGAACCGGAUGCAGUUUUAGUUUUGCGUAAGUAGUAUUAAUAAUACCAGUAGUUACCUUAUAACUAUAACCUUAUAUUAAAACCAUGAAUAAAUGAAUUGGUUUCUAAUAAUUGUCUUAGUUGUUAUUCAGUUUUGAAUCCUGUAAGGGACUCAGACUUUUUUCUAUGCCCUGUGCUUGUGAUACAACAAAUUUAUAUACAUCAACGUUUCCUUUACUGGAUUAUUUUAUUCUACAGCCCUUAAUUAAUGUAACACUGACCUUUAUUGAGCAGUCGACCCUGUUAAGUGGUUGUGGUCACCUUGCCACCAUUCCUAACCCCCGAGAUGAGUCACUCAACUGAGAUGGAUAAGUGGUCUGUGGAUGCAAUUCCAGUGUUUUGACAUUAUGGACAAAAGUUCACCUUUUAUGUCAUGGGUGACGAAUUACUCCUUAGCUUUGGCGUGAAAUUUCACAAGGUUACAAAAAUUGCCCUGGCAACCUUCAGUAUGUCUCAGUGCCAAGAUGGUGACAAAGUUUUAAAAUUUUGUGAAUGAAGAUGUCAGAGAUAAAAAACAUCCCUUCUAGCAGUCAGAGACAAGUAGAUUUUCUUGAUGUGCAAGUAACUUUUAAAGCUUACUUGCCCAAUAGGGUCUUUGACUUAAUAAUUUGUGAAAGCUGCUUGCCCAAAGGACUAGCUGAGAUUCAAGUUUUUUUUUCAAGCCCUGUCUUACAAUGUAGCAUGAAAAGUGUCUAAAAUCACUGUUUUUCUUUGUUUAAAAUCAUGAUCUUGGACCAGUUGGCUAAAUCCUUCUCCCAUCAAUUUUUGUUUCUUUGUUCGUCAAUGCCCCUUUGUUUUUAUCUGGAGUUAGAAAAGUUAGGCAAGCUGACAUUGUGUAAUCUAUGUCCGUUUUUGCUGAUUCAUUCAUACACUUUGUUUUCCCAAUUAUUCUGUUGAAAUACUCCUUGUGCUUUCUACAUUUCUCUUGACCAGUUCUUUAAAAGGGCCACAAAGGGUACCAUUCUGUCCAAUCCCUUCCCCGAAACCUCUAUCCAGAUUUUUCUUUUGACUUUUUACCAAGAUAAAAUAUUUAUCUAUUGGAUGAUUUGCCUAGAUAAGUAACGCUACUGACAAGCUUAAAUUUGGCUUUUGAAUCCUGUCAAGGACUUAAGAUUGUAGUCCUUUUUGCGUAUUUCUGAACUGAAGGUUACUAGAUCUUAGUUUUAUAUUGCACAACUUCCACUGAUGGUACAUGUUGUUGAUAAUAAUUGUUUACAAUGUAAUUCCAAGUUUCAUUUCUUCACAGAGUCAGUAGAUGGACUUCCCUUACCAGCUCAUAAAAGUACCUUGUUCAUCCAACCACCUGACCCAAAAAGGUGAAACAACCUUUAAGCUUCUCUGAGUAGAUAGAUUAUUAAUUUUUACUUGUAGUACUCCUUGGGAAAAAAAUGUGCCUUUACAAAACAGAUUACUUAAUUCAAUAUUGUUUCCCGGUACCUGUGUCAUGAUUUGUUUGGAUUCCUAGUCUACCACAGUAUUUUAAAGUAAUGUUUGUCACGUAAUAUUAUCUACACUAGCGUUUGUAAUGGCCUCGAAUUUUCCUUCUUAUUUUAAGGGAGUUGUGGGAAGGCAAACGACCAGGAACAAGAGAUGCAAUUCUCUUCUUUGGAUUUGAUGAGGUGACUUGAUGUGUUAAUUAUCACACAAACCUUCAAGAUUUUCCUGACACUCUAGCAUCAAUGUCCAGUUCCUGUACUUCAUUUGAACCAACGUCAUUUUGGCGGGAAAAUGUGAUAGCCGUCGUCAGUCUCCUACGACUUCUUUACGAGUUUUAGCGAGAAUGUCGUAGUUGCCAAAACGAGCUAGCAAAUGUUAAAAAUUUUAUCAUGUAGCGCUCGGGAGAGGGUAUUACCUCCUUUAGCGGAAAUAAGCAUGCUAAUUUUUUAGGUUAAAACAGUACAAUGAAGCCUUUCGGGCUGUCUGUAUUUUUAGAGAAUAGGCGAGAAAACUUUAAAUUUUAAUGUUUUCCUCGUCCUCAAAUCUAAAGCUCUCUAGCAAUUAUUAGAUGAAGCUGAUUAUGAUCUGAAGAAUUGUGCAGAUCACGGAGGGUGUUAUCUUCAGCCUCGGCAGAAAACACCCUCUGAGAGUUGCAUAAUUUAUUUUUUCAGUUGAUAUAAAAGCCAGGUCCAUUAAUCGUCUUAUUGUUCAUGCAAAAUAAUUCAUACUUAAAAACAUGCUUACUUCGAUUGAUGUUAUUUUCCUGUUGUCACUUCGUUGUUUCUGUGAAAAUUCAGAGUAUAAAGUGAUGUCUCGUCUAGGGGAUAUUCGUCGAUGUUUCCUAUCGCUUUGUUUUUUCUCAUACUGUCAAUGAGAGCAACUCGUACUAAGAAGGGGUACCUUUAGCUGGAAAAGAAAGAAAGAGCAAACUUUGCAGGCGCGGAUCCACACCGGUUUCCACUGUUUUACCGAAAUCGGUCAGAUUUUUGAUAAGAAAUCUAUUUUUUAACAAUAAAAAAACUUUCCAAGUUGAAAUCUUAUUCUCUCUUGUUUAUGUUCAUUCACUAAUGAAAUAAUCUGAUGGAAUAAUCUGCCGAAUUGCAAGGCUUCAUCCGAGGAGAAUGGUACUGGCCAGUAUCCUGUCUGAAUGACUCAGAAACCCAGGAAACGGGACUUUAGGGAGUUAAAAUCCCAAGAAUUUCUCAAUGGAGCAUGCCCCUGGACUGCCCCAGAAACUUGUGCCUUUUGCGAGCGUUUAGGAAAUUGGUCAAUAUUUAUCCUAGAUCCCUGCCUGUUUUGUAUUGAUACUUUCUAUAACUGGCAAAUAUAAAAUGACAAUAAUCCUGAAAACUGUUUCUAUUUCCUCUUUUCUCUUCAGUCAUAUUCAGUUCGGAACCUUCCUUCAGUCCUUAUUGAUAGGUAAGUUCUUGUUACAUGGUACGUCUUCACCUCAAGUUUUAGUUAGGUAUUGUUGUAAUGUGAAAGUCUAAGUAGUCAGAUUAAUUUCAGCAUUAUACCUUUGUGAAUAAGUGUCCUGGAAAUCACUCAACAAAACUACAUACCAAAACUAAAGCGAACAAAUACCAAGGUGUAUGUUUGAAUAAAGUCUUGUUGUUGUUGGAAAGGCACAAUCCAAUGUCAUGUUAUUAAUGGCUUCAUGUUAUGUGCACAAAAGAAACAAGACCCCCAGUGACCUCCUUUCCAACAAGGGGUAGGACAUGUAAGUCAGAGUAUUAGUAUCCAGAGCUAUUAGAGCUUGGGUACUGCUUGACACGGUUUACGGUCAAGUCGCACGAAAGUCAUCUCGCCCGAAAUUAUAUCGCCCGAAACCAGAUUUAUGUCACUCGAAAUUUUUCGUCUCGGGGAUUUCGUCAAUUCGCCCAAAAUUUUAUCAUGCUUAGCAACAUCGUAUCACCUUAAUCGCGCUUGUUUCGUUUCAUGAAAUCUUCAAGAACAAGAUGUAUUACUCAUUUGACGUGCCUGUUUCGUUUACUUAAGGCUAAAAGAACGGGAUACGAUACACAUUCCUCCCGUUUGUUUCGUCUCACCAUAGCAUCAUUGCUUAAAGAGCGAGACUUAAUUAUCACAAUUAUUGUCACAUUAUCGCUUAAAUAACGAGGUAUAUUACAUACUCUCUUUAUUAAAAUUUCGGACGACUUGACUAAACAUUUCGGGCGAAAUGACUCUGGUUUCGGGCGAUAAAUUUAAACUUCGGACGAGAUGACUUUCGAGCGACUUGACCAGUUACCCAUGUCACAAACCUAUUGAAAAGCUUGUGGAAGUCAGACUUAACCAAGACAACGUUAGGUACAUCCUCUCCCCGUAAGGCCAGCUGGGAAGUUUGCUAGUUAGGUAGCUCUGGGUCUGCAAUGGAGGUAAAAAGACCUUGGGACGGCUGGGAAAACCCUUCCAAGUAAUGUAUGAGGCACAAACUCCAAAUUUUGAUUACAACUUUUGGAUCGGCUUUAGGUUCAUCCCUUGAUCCCCUACUUUCCUUAAGCAAUAUUUUGCAGGAAAAAGGAACUUAUUUGCACCGAUCUUGCUUGAAAUUCAACGUUGUUUGGGUGAAAUGGGGUAGGUAGCCUGUUGCACUAAGACGGUGUCGGGUGAAUGUUCCAACACUUUUCACCUGCAUUGUUGUUAAAACGUUGAAAGUGUAACUCAAUAAAAACUGAACGCUUUCCUUUCUUGGAACACCGUUUACAGGUUUGCUGGCAAAGACUUCUGUGUUUGGUAUGAUCAUUUGCGACCUCCCCACCCCACCCUUCAUGACGAAAUCUCCAAGGUUCUGUUCAACUCAGAAAAGUUUACUUAUAAAAGUAAGUGUCUUUGAGAGAAUUAUGACUUGAGUUUUGAUACACCGUGACGUUUUUAGCCUUCGUUGCUUGGGGUUUGUAUGGUGAGAGGGAGAGAGAGCUUCUUGUUCCCGCCCUUAGUUCUGCCCGUGGCCUCGCGCGCGUUUCCUCUUUUUUUUUUCUCUCUAUCGCGAAACAAACCUCCAGAUACGCGCGCUAUUUUUUCUGAUGCUUUGAGAUCGAGAAAUUCGAAGCGGUUUCUUAUGGUGUAAACAAGUUCCACAGUUAAAUGUAUCUCUUGACCGGAAUAAUGCAAACAAGCAACAAAAAAGUAGUAUGAUGUCUUAAAUGAAAGGUUUCCAGAUCAGUCUAAGAUUCUGAGAAACUACCCACCUACCCGUGUCCUAACCAGCAAUUUUGCCCUGAACGAGAAGUCAGUGUAAACUUCGGGUUAUGGGAUGGGUAGUUGAGCUGUUUGCAUUUGUUUAUUCUAUCGACUAGUGUUACUUAUUUCCUUUUCAGAUUUGUUGAUUCUUGGCCACAACACGCACAUGUUGAGGCUUAUAAAAUCUGAAGCAGAAAUAAAACUCCUCAGGCAAUCAGCUUCUUUAACAGCUAAAGCUUUUAAGAAGGUAAGAAAGAUGCCACGUCACAGAAACCCAGUAUUGUGUUUCUUUGUGCGCGCGCAGGGAGGGGUGAUGUGGUGGGGGGGGGGGGGGGGUUGGGGCAUACGCGUCGUACGAAACCAUUUUCAAAGGGCGGGAAAGAGACCUGGAUCUCGACAUUCAUGCCUGCCUAUUAUAGCGAAGGACUUUCGGCAAGUCUCCAAAUAUUUUGUUGGCUCUGUGUAAAGAUUAGAAGUUAUUAUUUACCAACUCAAUUAAACCUCGCAGAAGCAAGAAGACUUCGGAAAGAAGGUCCAUGUUUUAAAUGUGAAGCCGUCGUUACUAUGGGAAACGAAUUCAUCAUGAAUUGAUCGCCAAAAAAUGGCGGUAAUUCCUUCCAAGAAAUUGUUGUUAGAAGGAUGGCCUCCUUACCCUUGUUUCUUUGUUUCUUAAGGUGAUGCAAAGCACUCGUCCAGGCCUGGAGGAAUCCCAUCUCCACAACAUAGUAGAGUACGAAUGUCGGAUGGCAGGAGCUGAAAGGCUAGCUUACCCUCCUGUGGUAGCAAGUGGACCAAUGGCAAAUACUCUACAUUAUAUUAACAAUACGCAAGUUCUCAGGUAAAUGUUGAACUAAUAACUAUGUUAUUGUUGUGAGUUAAUCAAGAGUUUUGGACUUGCCUUAACGGAAAACGGCAAGCAUCAGAUUCACGUUGAAAAAUAAUUUUUCGAAUGGGAAAUGAACAUAGAAGAAUUUUACCAAGUAACUCUUCUUACGGAUGAAGUGCAUAAAAAAACCGAACAGUAAAGUACAAUUGAGGGGAAAAACUUAUUCACGUGAUACACGUUCGUGGUUUGCCAUAAACGCGAUUCUUAAUCUUUCUAAUAGCAAGAACGCUGACGUUUCGGACGUCAUGAUUAGCAAGCGGAAGUUCGAUAUCUCGCUUUAUGUAACGCUUGUCUCACUUAACGAAUCUGAAUGCAUUUGUUUUAACUCUCGCUGAACGAAGUUGUCGAGUCAGAGCACUGAAAGAGAGAAAAUAUCAACUUUCGGUGGCUAUUUUUCACUUCCGGGACGUAUCAUUACCAGCUGUGAGACUGUUCUUUUCCCCCUUCUUUCCAUUUACCCACGCGCACAUCUCAAGAGAUUUGACUGGGGACUAGUCAAGGAACGCUUACUUUACGAAGGAUCUAUUAUAUGACAAAAAGAGCGUUUGUUUCCUCCGGAAGCAAAACUGGUAAUACGAGAAGGGCUAAACAGGUCCGUCAUGUUAGCCCGCCGAGAUAGUCAUGUAUUAUUAUUAUGUAAAACGUCGCAAUGAAAGCACAAAACUCAGUCUUGAACACGUCUCAAAAGUGAUCUUUCGCGGCAGGUUAUUAAACUGUUUAAAGUAAUACCCGGUUCAGUCGCGAUCCCUUACGAAAGGUGCUUACACUGUAAAUGUAUUACGUAUUCAUUUUGCCUUUUAAUUUCUGUAGGGCUGGCGAGCUUGUGUUGAUGGACGCUGGGAGCGAAUACCAUGGAUACGCCAGCGAUAUCACCAGAACAUGGCCGGUCAGCGGUAAAUUCAAUGACGCGCAGAGACAGCUGUAUGAACUGGUGCUAAGAGUACACAAGAAGUGCAUCAAGGUAAGAUUUUCCUGCCCAGACGACGGUAACCAUUGUUUCCUGCAUCAAAAUCAAAUGACUAACGGAAGGAAAGGAAAAAUAUCGCGGGGACCGUAGACAAUUCUUGUCGUUGCACAUGUAGAUGAUGGCAAACCUACUUGAAAACUUUUAAGCACAUGAAGAAAUCGCGGUCGUCUUCUCACCCCACCCUCCCGCUUUAGGUAAACGGGUGUGGCAGUUUUAAGAGUUAGAUGUUGAUGUGAGUGUUUUAAAAUAAACGCAGUUAAUGGCUGUAGUUUGAUCAAGAAAUGAAAAUACUAGUAUGUCUCAGAUUAAUGUUUCAUUCAUGCUACAGCGAGCGACCUAGUGACAGCGUUUAUUCGCCAAAACAAAACAAAAGAAAUUGAUUUAGCCCCUAGUACCAUUUGAGGAGAUUGUUUUACGUCUGCUACUGGAGACAGGACAGCUUUUUCGAUUCAGUUUGGUCAUCGGAGCCAGGCGAAGGUCUAGCCGUUUGUAGGACCAAUGCGGCAUUACGUUCAUUUCUUAGUUAUUGUAGACCCUAAGUGCAAGUCUGGCCCAGAGAUCGAACUCACGAUCUUCUGCUCCGCAGUUCAGCGUUCUACCAACUGAGCUACCCCAGGCACAGUUCACUGAACUACCACUAACUAGAAGUGCUGCAGUGAAUGUUCUGCAUUGAAAAGGACGCUAGAUUCGAGAAUUAACACUUUUGGUAUCCAAGCUAUCCCUGUCUAAAAAGUAAUUUCAUUAGUAAGUUGAUUUUGCGAGUGUGACUGCAACAUUCGAGCUGUCAAUGUGUUUUUGUGCUUCCAGCUUUGUCAAAAAGGUGCCUCACUUGAUUACAUCCACCAUGCCAUGUUAAUACUCCUUGGAGAAGAACUAGCCAGUAAGUACACAUGUUUUUUAAAAACAAACUGUUUUAUUUUUUUGUCUUUUUCUUUCCCUAUUUUUACAAUGCCCUGUCGACCUUCUAUUUGGCCUUUGCGGUGUAGCUGCCAUCUGCUGUCAGUCUGUGAAGAAUCCCGUGGUACUGAUACUCGAUCCCGUGGUAGUAAUCCCUGAUCCCGUGGUAGUAAUCCCCGAACCCACCGUAUUGAUCCACGAUUCCGUGGUAUAGACCGUUCAUCCCGUGGUAAUGAUCCCUAAUCGCGCUUAUCUUGUUGUGAUCCUAAUAUGUCUACAAAAAGACAAGCAAGGCCUGUUUUUCAAGAAAAGGUUUGGCUUUAAUGCUUUUUAAAAUGCCUUUUUCUUGGUUCAAAAUUAAACUAGGUCCCGUACGGUAUCAAAACCUUUUUUACUUGUAGGCAUCAUCUGACUAGUUUUCAUUGUGGUCUCUUAUCUUGAUAGAAAUCAAUUUUAUUCCGAAGAACCUUACAGAAAGUCAUCUAAAAAGGGUAAUUAUCUAGUAGUUAAAUGGCUUGUUUUCUACAAAUUAAACUAGAACGAUCGUGAAAAAGCACUUUUCUUUGCGUGUCAGUAAAAUCAAAUCCUCUCUUGGUAAAAUCCGUUCUCAAGUAAAUCCAGGUGCUUUUUGGCUCAUAUGAAUAAUCAGGGCUAGAAAAUAUAGAAAAUUCUGUAUGAAACUAGGUUGAAUACUGGUUCGACCUGGGAACGGAUUUAACCUACGAAAUAAAAAACUGUGACUAUAUUAUAUGAUGUUGUCAAUGUUAUGUUAUAACAAUGUUAUAACAUCAUUGUUAUAACAUUGUUAUAACAUCACGGCUUAAUUGACCGACAACCAAUAACAUCGCGGCUUUGACUCUGAAGAUGAAUACCGCACAUGUUGUCAAAACGUUAGUCACUAUCGACAAUAGUCCUAUUCAGGACUUCACUCACCCAGAAGAUCACAUUCCACCUACUUAUGAAGUAACCCUUCUAGUGCAACUCUUCUAUCACAGCGCUUUCGAUGGCACAUUAAAUUAUCAAAUUACACUGCCCUAGAAGUGUUAAUUUACGAAUUUUGUUUCAGUAACCAUAAACUGUAACAUAUCUGUGUCUGAGCCCUGAACAGUAAUUCGUUUCCAGAGGCUGAAUAUUGGUUGUGUGGCUUUCAGGCUGCUAGUGAAUUCUGCCCUCAUCACGUGGGACACUAUCUGGGGAUGGACACCACGACACGCAUUUGGUGA